AACCGCUGUCCUCCGCCCCCGCCCCCUUUUCUAAUAUACGUCUUUGAAAACUCAUAAAUAUAUUUGUAAUGAAUAUUACAAACUGGAAGAUGUAAAUGGAGUGUAAAUGUUGAGCGUGUUGUCAGUGUUUCCUCCGGCUUCCCAUGGUGCAUCGCUUUAUUUUGUCUAGUAGCUCAGGGAGAUCUGACAGGAACACAGCCGACCGAGGCGAGCCGCUGGCAGCAUCACCAACAUGACCUGCAAGGUGGAGUGCGCUUAGCCGCUGCGGCUAGCCCGUUCGACCGCUAUUUAUUGCGCCUUAGCAGCUUCUUGACGGCCACGUAUUUUCAGCUGAAAGGUUCCAGGGGUGGUGGGGAUCCAAACAGAUAUCGCCAUGGCCUCAGCAAACGUAACUCUGGAGAAUCAGCUGCACAGUGCUCAGAAAAACCUGCUUUUUCUGCAGCAGGACCAUGCUAACACACUAAAGGGGCUACACGCAGAGAUCCGCCGAUUACAGCAGCAAUGCACAGAUUUGACAUAUGAGCUCACCGUGAGAAGCUCCGAUCCAUCAGACAGCAGCGAGGAACGAUGCAGGGAGCUGCAAAGGAGGUGUGAGGAGCUGGAGGCCCAACUUAAAAAGAAGGAGGAGGAGAACACCGAGCUGCUCCGGGACCUGGAGCAAAAGAACGCCAUGAUUUCGGUCCUGGAAAACACCAUCAAAGAGCGGGAGAAGAAGUACCUGGAGGAGCUUAAGAUGAAGAGCCACAAGCUGGUCGUGUUGUCUGGGGAGCUGGAGCAGAGGGCAAGUACCAUCGCUUACCUCACCUCGCAGCUUCACGCCACUAAGAAGAAGCUUUUGGCCGGAAGUUCCUCCGAGGCGAGUCCCAACGUCAGUCCCAUCAGCUCCUACAAGCCGACGCCUCCCCCCGCCAAGGACAGGCAGCCUGAAACCCCGCGUCGCCGGAUGAAGAAGAGCCUCUCCCAGCCUCUUCACCCGGAGCUAACGGAGGUGUACCGCCUGGGCCCGGACGGCAGGCGGGUUGUCCUGCGAGAGCCGGUCGACGCCAUGCCCGACCCGACGCCGUUCUUGCAGGCAGCCCGGGAGUCUCCCGACGCGCAGCAGGUAGUGCGUGAGCGCCCCUCAGUCAUCCCUCCCAUCGCCUCCGACCGCUCCCCCAUCCCUCCCCUGGGCGCCGCGGCCAGCCCCCGACACAGCCCGGCUCGGGAGCGCCAGCACAGGGCCCACGUGGGCGUGGCGCACCGCAUCCCGCACGGCACCUCUCCCCUCGCCCCGCCGCAGGCCGAGCUGGAGACGCUGGCAGUGGACCAGGUCAACGAGGACAAGGUUCUGCAGAAGCGCUCGGAAGCCGAUAGGACAGUUUAACACUGCAAUGCUGCACCUGCGCAUUAACACAGAUGCACAUCUAGGGCCAGAUGCAUAAAACUCUGGUUUUAUGACUAAAAGGAGCGUGACCACAAAGGCAAAAAUGUGUUUAUGCAUUCUGUUUGCCAGAUUUAUAAAGAGUGCCUUGCAGAGGUAUUCACACUGCUUGAACUGUUUCAGAUUUGAUCACGUCAUCACCGCUAACUUCAGUGCAUAACUUUAAAAAGGGAAGGAAAAUGAUACAUGUCUUUUUAAAAAGUGUUUUAAAAAGCCAUAGUAAUAGUAUUAACCACACUAUUCCCAAAAAAACUCCCAAUGAGUUUUUUUUCCCUUCUAUUCACAUGCUCUCAUACUUUGCUCAACCUUACGCUUCAUUUUUAAGUCUUUGCAGCCUUUAACAGGAUCAAUUCCUUAUCACCCACCACAGCAUCAUACUGCCACCACCAUGUUUUACCCCUGAAGUGGUGUGUUCAGGUUGUGCUGGUUUUCUGCAAUACAUCAGUGUUUUUGCAUGUCGAAAGUUCGGUUUUGGUCUGUUUUGUCGCCUUCCUGCGACAAAAUGAAUGAAUAUUGAAUAUUUUUAAUGAGAUUAAUUUGCACACAGGGAACUCUGCUUGGUCUGGAUUUGAUUUAAAGGUGUCCGAGUAUAGAGAGCCGAAUACAUAUGCAUGUUCUUGUUGUUUGUAACAUUUUAGAAACCGACUAUCAUUUUCCUUCCCCCGCACAAUGGGGCAGAAAUUUCUGUUGACCUAUUGCAUAAAAUUCAAUAAAAUACACUGAAGUUUGUGAUUUGAAUGUAAAAUGUCAAAAAAAAAAGAAGAAAAAGUUCAAGGCAUAUGAAUACCUUUAUCAGACACUGCGGAAUGUGCUUCUGCCAGUACAUCCGAAUCAUUUUGAAAUUUUACACUCAUGCACUUCCUUCAUACUUUAACCCCAUUUCUGGCUUAAGGUAUGGAGGAAAUGUGUUUAGUCUCGGCUGUGAGCCCAUGAACACAACAAAGCCUGAAUUAAAAUCCGUUACAUAUGCAACUCCACUUUCUAAGUUCAAAGCAACGGACCUCGACGGAAGGAAAAUAGAAACAGUAUUGCACAUGUGGGGCUUUAAAGCACACUAGCCUACAUAUCGCCCUCUGCAAGAAGCUAAAGCAGCAAAAUAAUGGUUCUAUUAAAGUCUUACCAAGGUCUUCCAACUCCUCCAGAUGAGCCUGCUUGUUUCAUUUGACCUCAAAUUCUGUUUUUGUGGUUUUAGUUUAAUAUCUCUCACACAUUGAGACAUACAAACAAAUCCAAUGUGUAGAGAAGGGUACAUGCAUUAUGUUUGGUUUUUGCACUAUUUAUGCAUCUGACCCUAGCGUAUACACACUUACUUACACUGCAAGAACAGCGAAGAGCCUGAACCACUGUGCAGCCUGCUUUUUACACAACGCAGCAGUAUCAACAAAAGCGUCAUUUUGUGGUACUCCAUGAGGACCAUUACGUUUUCUUCUUCUACGGUAGAAAUGGACUACUGUAAAGCACGCCAAAUGAGUUUUAUUAAUCUCCCAAUGAGUUGUGUUUUUUUUUUUUUGUACUUUUCACAUCUUGACCUUUUUGCUUCGACCUGUCGGAUCUGUUUUAUGUGGUGCAAACAACCAAUUCUCAGCCAAAUAUCUGCGUCAGUGCCUGCUUAACCGGCCUAGUCGUGCUCAAGCUGUGAAACGUAGUCAUGGCUAGAAGUCACCGUUACAUAUCUGGAGUACAGAGGAGGUAGCAGCAGUCUAUAUAGCAAGACGUCAGCAGCAGCUUCGUAGGAUAGAGGUGACAUAAUAACACUGCUGCUCCGUAAAUGUCUUUUUUAUUUGGUAUCUGUAUACUCACGUGACCGUAGGUAGAAGCUGCGAUGUGUGUAACUGAAAUGUGCCGGUUAUCGAGUUGAAGCUUUUCCUUUGCUUCGUAGAAGGAAGCAGCGCUGGACAUAUUUUAAUGCAAUAUGGAUAUUUAUAUAUAUAUAUAUAUAUAUAUGGAAGUAGGGAGUGUUUCUGCGUGUGUGAGCGAGGAGGAGAGUGCGAGCGUGUCUGAGGAAAGAUGAUGGAGGAUUUCGUUUAGGUUUGAACAAUAUUCAUUAAUGCUUUUUGUCGUACAAGGGCAUUUUUAAAACACUGCUGGACAUUGUGAUAUUACCAACUGUACUUUUUAAAAGGCUGUCAAUUUGUAAUGAGUUGUUUUUUUAAUUUAUUGUUUAUUAAUGACCCAGCGGGAAAAAGAAGAAAGACAAAAAAAGAGAAACAACAAUCCUGAUGCACUCUGUACCUAUCACACCACCACAAUAAUGGUAAUUAAAUCUCUUAAUAGCCUGCUUUUCACAAUAAAAUCACUUGUCAUUAAAGAAUACAAAUUAUUGUUUUAC